UUUUAAAAUGCUUAACUGCCUUUUCCUGGGCCAUAUUCUCAAAGCUUUAAAUCGUAGCUACUGCAAUAGAAACUGAUGUUGCACUAUUUACUUUUGAAUGGAGGAUAUAACAAACGUGCAAUUUCGAUUUUCUUUCUGGUUGCUUCUGUGGUUCGCAAGCCGAUGUUGCCGAUAGACAAGUCGCAGAUCUCACCUGAGGAAGGAAGAGGGAUGCGGACACCUACAGAGGAAGUGGAAGUUCCUUCGCCAAAGCAUUAGUGCGAGCUCUGGCAGUUCUUCCCAGGAAUAUGCUCCGGAAAGAAGACACUGUCGUGUUUGCAUCGGAAGACUGAAGCGGCAUCAUCAUGUUCACCAACAACACCACAGAAGACAGCAGUGAUUUACCACUUUCAGUCGAAUUCGAACUGUCUCUGGAAGAUGAGAAUGCCACGAAGGUGGUCGUGGACGACAAAUACCUCUUCUAUGGCUAUCCUGUGGUCGUACCUAUGGCUAUUAUAAUGAUCUUUAUCAUUAUAUUUGCAGUCGGUGGGAAUGUUAUGGUCGUUUUGACCAUCAUAAGGCACAGAGGCAUGAAGACAAGAACUAACAUGUUCAUAGUAAACUUAGCGGUGGCCGAUAUCUUGGUGGCGGUUUUGGACAUGCCAGUGUCUUUGAUAACAAUCAUUGAAGGUCGAUGGGUGUUUGGAGACGCCCUCUGCAAAUUAAAUGGCUUCACGAUGGCCCUCUUUCUCAUUUGUUCCAUUCAUACCUUGAUGUAUAUUUCGGUGCACAAAUACAUAUCUAUCACCAGACCAUUCUCCAGAGCCAUGACUCAGAGGCGAAUAAAACUUAUGAUCCUAGCGUCCUGGCUGUGGGCGCUAUUUUGUGCCACUGGACCCCUUGUAGGAUGGAACACGAAUGUUUACAAAAAGGGUUCUAGUCAGUGUGGUCCAGCUUACCCUAAAGGCCUAGCAGCCAUGUCCCAUUCGGCUCUGAUCACUACCAGCAAUUAUAUCAUCCCUCUGAGCGUCAUGACUUUCUGCUAUUCGAAGAUCUUCCGAGAGAUCCAUGUGCACAUGAAGAGAAUCCGGGAGACAUCCAACAUCGACCUGGAGAACUCAGUAGCGCAGCAGAAGAAGGUGGCCACCACCCUCUUCCUGGUGCUCGCCUGCUUUCUUCUUUGCUGGACGCCUUAUCUUCUUUAUUCGAACGCAGCGGUUUUCGUCAAGGAUAAGAGCAAAUUGCCUCCCAUUCUGAAUCCCUUGGCUUACUGGUGUGGCUAUUUUAAUUCUGCAUGCAAUCCCAUCAUAUAUGCAUUUAGAAGUCCUUCAUUUAGGAAAGGAUAUAAAGAAAUAAUGUGCGGAGCCCAAUCUGCUAAGCUUAGUGCAGUGAAUUCUAUGAGUUUCCGCUCGAGAUCUGCCAGAGGAUCACUGAAAUCUGGUUCGAAUGUUAAUAUAAAUAAAACGCAUGAAAUCGAACCUGCAAAGGCCGAAAUCCGCAGACAGCGCACUCUGCUAUCCCAGACAAGCUGGAGAAGCAUGCCACUCAUACCCAACCUCGUAAGAUCGUUCUCGACCAAGUCUUCGAGCAACAGCCAUCCCGAACCAGAACAAUCACCGGCCCCUGAAGAGUCUCCUGUCCCGGAAAGCGAUUGCGGAAUUUGUGGGUUUUGGAGGCCCAGACGUUCGCCCAUCGAAGUGCCGCAGACAGAUCCCGAUGUUCCCCGAUGGAAUACGAAUAAGAGACAUUCACUGAGUCAUGAGAUCCGAGAAGAAGACGAAGAAGAUGGUGGUGAAAACUGUCCUCCAAAUGGGGAUAUACAAGAAGAUUUUGAGGAAGAGGACCGUGUCUAAGCACAAGCAUGAUUCUUUUCGGUAAUCUUGUCAAAAAGCGGUAAUAUUCUACCAUGUAUAUAUCUGUACUUAAGAAGUCGAGAAUAGGACGGAUGCAUGCGAAAUUAGCAUUGAACUAACGUAUCUGUCUGAUAAACAUGUGUUAUACGAAGGCUAUUCUUUUUGAACUUCUUAACUUUCUGAAAUAGCAUUGAUAUCGCAGAAACGCACAAAUAAACAUUUGCUUUGUAGACUUAGUUGAUGUAGAACAAAGAAUUGUAUGUCUAAGAUUGCGCAAGUUGAAUCGAGUGAGUAGAUCUUUAAGACUGGUUAACCAAAAAAGAUGGUGAACUCAUCUUUUUACUAACUAAUCUACAUAUACUCUGUGAUUUAUUACAUCAUAUUAUUAUUGCAUCAAUGAUCAGAGAGUAAAUAUAAUGUCUCUCAAGCUAAUUUUUACUCAGUGCAAUUAUUUAUAUUUAUGCUUUAAUAAUAAACUCAAAAAAUAAUAAUAAGCAUUCAGCAAAUGUCUGACCAUAUCAUUUAACAAGAAAUAAUGGUUUGCUGGAGAAAAAUUCAAGUUUCUCUUUACUAUAAGCAUUUCGAAGACCGAAAAGAAGAGGACCUUCUCUUGUUUGCAAGAUAAGGUUACUCAUGAAGGCGGUCUCCUUCGGUUACUCAUGAAUUUACCGUUCUUGCUUUCCCUCUUUAAUAAACAACUUUCCAACAGCCUGUUGAAUAUGACAAGAUAAUAAAGAAUGGACCAUAAUUGUCAUAAAUACAUAGCGCGAUUUCUCGCUAUGAGUCGAUGAAGGAGGGUACCGAAAACAAUUCCGAAUUUUCGAGAAAAUCGAACUAAAAAAUAACGAAUAAUGCAAUGCUUUAAGAAUAAUGCAUGUAUUUAGCCUCAUCAUACGUCGACAGCAGAAGAAAUACGAAUCUUUCAAGAAAAUAAUACUUUAAGAAUUAAAGAAUAUCCAUAAAGAUACAUCAAAGGUCGCACCUUCUUUUGUCCAGCCGAACAUCCCACCAUUACUGAACGUAACAGUAUCGAUAGGAUUUGUUGUGGGCGAAUCAAAGGACGCACCACGAGAAAAACAGAAAGUAAAAAUAAGGCAGAUGGAGUGCUAUUUUAGUUUUCGGAAAGAGAAUAACCAAGAACAUUCUAUUGUUCUAACUUUCUACGUUUUGUUUCUACGGAUUCUUUUGUGACGGUACACGAUCACGACCUUGAACUGCUCGGAUAAAUUUAGCGAACUUGACUAAAUCGACGACCAUUGUACGAUUCGUCUGGACAGUAAUUUAUCAACUGGCAGAAAGCGACGUAUUGUAAAAAUGAAAUCAGUUUUUCCAAUAAUCAAAUCAUUUGAAAAUUUUAAAUGCUUAACACUUCAUUUUGGUUCUCCAGAAAGAAAAGCAUCGUCAAAUUUACAUAAGAAAUCUAGAUCAAAUUUUUGGAAAUUUGACUUGAAGUUUUAAGAAUUUUCGUAGCACUAUCCGAUUUUGUGGCAAAUAGAGAAAUAAUUUUUGUCAUAUUAAAAUUAAGAAUUAUUUGUGAUUCAAAAAGUCAUUAGAAUAUUUGAUUAGCAAUAAUUUAAACUACUUUACAGUAAUCCAGAGUUAAUUAUAUUACAAACAAGUUUUCAUAACUAAACAUCAAAGAUAAAUUACCUAAUUACGUUUAAAAAAGCUACAUUUAUGAAUUAUAUACAAGAAUUUUGUUCUUAAUAUAUAUAUUUGCAGGUUAUAUCAUUUUUGAAUCAUUAUUUUAUUUGCAUUAUAACCUCUGACAAC